CACAAGUCUCCAGCUGAUCACCAUGCUUCGCGGUCUUUCACUGUUCGCCGCUGUCCUCCUCGGCGCCGCCAGUGCCGGCCCGUGCGAUAUCUACAACGACGCCAAGACGCCCUGUGUCGCUGCCCACAGUACGGUCCGCAGUCUGUUGGAUGCCUUCAACGACCCCCUGUACCAAGUCAAGCGCGCGUCGGACUCCAAGACGCUCGACAUUAAGCCAUUGAAGGCCGGCGGAAUCGCAGACGCUGCGUCACAGGACACCUUCUGCCAGGGCACCACGUGCGUCAUCUCCAUCAUCUACGACCAGUCUGGCAAGGGCAACCACUUGACUUCGGCCCCUGCCGGAGGAGCCAAGAACACGCCCGACGAUCCGUCUCGCGCUGACCGUCUCCCCGUCACGAUCGGCCGGGAGAAGGCUUACGGCGUCUUCAUCGACGCCGGCAAUGGCUACCGCAACAACAACACCACUGGAAUCCCAACGGGUGAUGACGCCGAGGCCAUCUACAUGGUGGCGGACGGCACGCACUACAACCAGUACUGCUGCUUCGACUACGGCAACGCCGAGACCGACAACAAGGACGACGGCGCGGCCACGAUGGAGGCCAUUUACUUCGGCAACAGCACGCAGUGGGGCUACGGCGAGGGCAAGGGCCCCUGGGUGAUGGCGGACUUGGAGGACGGCCUCUUCGGCUGCGCGGCCGGCAAGCAGUGCACCAACACCCCGUCCGUGUCGGCCACCCCGUACCUGGUCGCCAUGCUCAAGGGCCGCUCAGGCGGCACCUUUGCUCUCAAGCAGGGCAGCGCGCAGUCCGGACCGCUGCAGACCACGUACGACGGACCGCGCCCGAAUGGCUACACGGUCAUGAAGAAGCAGGGCGCCAUCGUGCUCGGUAUCGGCGGUGACAACAGCAACUGGGCCAUUGGCAGCUUCUACGAGGGCGUGAUCGUGAGCGGCGACCCGACCAACGAGGUGGACGACAAGGUGCAGGAGAACAUCGUGGCCGCUGCCUACGGCGGCGAGAGCGAAGAGCCCACGUACACGUUCAGUAACGUCGGCAGCGCCAGCGUAUCUACACCCUAA